CUUUCCUCCAGUCGCCGUACAUUGAUAACUUGUCCACUGAGGUCGCCAAGCUUCUUUCAACUUGACACUAUUUCUUCUUAGCAAGUUACACUCAGACGUUUUUCAUGUUCGGCAUCCAGGAUACCCUAUCGAGAGGUCCUACCAAUCUUAAGGAGGAACCCCUAUCCAGCGGUGUUCGAGGCUGGAUGCAACCUACGAUGGUUGAACAAGGAGCAGCAAGCGGUGUAGGCCUGGCACGGGCCCACUAUGAGAAACAACCACCGAGCAAUUUACGAAAAAGCAAUUUCUUCCAUUUCGUCAUCGCCUUGUACGAUAGACAGGGUCAACCGGUGGAAAUCGAGAGGACGUCGUAUAUUGACUUCAUCGAGAAGGAACGGGAACCGGAUAACCAGAAGACGAAUAAUGGAAUUCAUUACCGAUUACAGCUCCUUUACAACAAUGGUAUUCGCAGCGAACAGGAUAUCUACGUCAGGCUCAUCGAUUCCAUCACAAAACAGCCGAUCGUGUAUGAAGGGCAGGACAAGAACCCCGAAAUGUGCCGUGUGUUGCUCACACAUGAAAUAAUGUGCAGUCGAUGCUGUGACAAGAAAAGUUGUGGAAACAGAAAUGAAACGCCAUCAGAUCCAGUCAUAAUCGACAGGUUUUUCUUGAAGUUAUUCUUGAAAUGUAACCAGAACUGCCUCAAGAAUGCCGGCAACCCCAGGGAUAUGCGAAGAUUUCAGGUUGUCAUAUCAACGACUCCAAAUGUUGAUGGCCAUGUCCUUGCCGUGUCUGAUAACAUGUUUGUACACAACAACUCAAAACAUGGUAGAAGAGCCAGACGGUUGGACCCAUCUGAAGGAGGUUAUUUGUGUUUUGUACCUGCAGCUACUCCCUGCAUUAAAGCGAUCAGUCCGAGUGAGGGAUGGACGACUGGCGGUUCUACAGUCAUUAUUAUUGGAGACAAUUUCUUUGACGGCUUACAAGUAGUAUUCGGGACAAUGAUAGUGUGGAGCGAGUUGAUUACUUCACAUGCAAUCCGAGUUCAGACACCACCAAGACACAUCCCCGGCGUAGUGGAAGUUACGCUAUCCUACAAAUCGAAACAGUUUUGUAAAGGAGCGCCAGGAAGAUUCGUGUACACCUCGCUGACAGAGCCAACGAUAGACUACGGGUUCCAAAGGCUUAGUAAACUAGUACCCAGACAUCCCGGCGAUCCAGAAAGACUACCCAAGGAAAUCAUCUUAAAACGUGCUGCAGACCUCGCUGAAGCGCUGUACAGUAUGCCACGUAAUCAACUGCCCGCACUCACUGCUCCUCGUUCACCAGCCUUAAACAAUACAGGCAGCAUGAUGGGUAUGAAUUCAUUCAACAGCCAAUUAGCUGUCAGUGUGCCAGAUAAUAGCGGUAGUGGCGGCCAGUCAGGCUUUUCCCGAGUUCAAAGCAACAGCAUGUCACCGCGAGGGUAUUCAUCAGGUGUUUCAACACCACACAGUAAUGGUAGUUCGUAUCCUACUAGCUCAGUCAAUGGUUACGGCAAUGGAAGCUCGCUGUCAUCGAUGGCAGUGCCGUCAUCACCAAGUUUUCUUAAUGGAAGUUCAAGUAUGAUCUAUUCAUCAUCAAUGCUGCCCCCAGCAGUCUGAAUAGAGUGAAGGAGUGGUAUUGUCUCUCCACCGUCAUUUGUUGGUGCUAUGGGCGGUCCUUUCGCACUACCGACGUGUACAGCACAGAGUUAUCAUCAUCAUGGUCUUGUGGACAGCACGGCAAAGUAAAUGCAACGUUCUCCAUAGCAACAGGACUUAACAGGGUCAAGAGGAGUAAUUUUCGAUUUACUGGGCUGUUCACCUGGAGAGAACUUUUGAAUCACGCACUCCGUCAACACAAGUAUUACAAGACCUUACCAAUUGCCAAUUUUUAUUAUUAAGACUUUUAUGACCGGCUUGCGGUCGCCCAGCAAGUGUUUGGGAAUAAUUUCUUAAAGGCUCUUUGCCAUCUUUGGUAUCCAUAGUUUUUGAAAUUUCAGGACCAUUUCAUUAAAGAAGAAGAAAUUUUCAUGACUAUUUUAAAACUUAUAGUGGAAUUCUUCACUUUCCACAGUAUAUACUUUCUCAAGGCACUUUAUCUUAAACUUUAAAAUGUAUAUCAAAAAGUUUUUUUUAUGUCUGUCUGUGCAUCAUCUGUCUGUAUUGUGUAUUUGUCUCGCUCACAUCUCUUUACGGCAUUGCAAAAAAAAAAAAUCUUCUAUCAGUUGAUGAAAUCACAUAUUUGUCGGAAAACCUUUUGUUUUUAAAACAACCUUUUUUCUGAAAUACAUUACUCCAAUUUUUGUUGUGCUUUAGAAUUUGCCAGAAUGCAGCAAAAUGCCAUUUCUUGUCAAAAUAGUCUAACUUACUCAGUCAUGUAUGGAUUUGUUGUUACGUUAGUUUGAUCUCUUAUCCAUGUUAUCACCUUGGAUACCAGGUACAAAUAAUUUUGUAAUCCACUUGAAGUUUUUUAGUCUUAAUUUAUUUUAUUUCUUGCAAUGUUGGACAGAAAACAUUUGUACAAUAUUUUUUUUAUUUUUUAAUAUUUUAAUUAUUUUAUUGACCAUUUUUUCAGAAGACGUUAUUUCUUUAAAAAAAAAACAGUGCUGUGUUCCAGUGCCCUCAACGUACAGAUGUACGCUAACUCCCUAAUAAGUAUUGAUUGAAAUACAAAUUAGUUGCAAAUAGAAAGGAUGUUUCCGUAAAUUGCAAUUUACAAAGGUAAAUUCAAGGGAAACAAUCUGUCGUAAAAGUUACAGAAACAUCCUUUUUUGGUCUGAGGUUGCUACUUAAAAAAAAUCAUGUCUUAAAUCAUAUUCUCUAUUUAAACUUGAUAAAUAUCAAAAAUUGAUGAAAUAGAAAAAAA